AUGGAAACAGGUAAAUUUUUCCAUAACCUUAUGGAGAGAAAGGACUUUGAGACAUGGCUUGAUAACAUUUCUGUUACAUUUCUUUCUCUGACGGACUUGCAGAAAAAUGAAACUCUGGAUCACCUGAUUAGUCUGAGUGGGGCAGUCCAGCUCAGGCACCUCUCUAAUAACCUGGAGACUCUCCUCAAACGGGACUUCCUCAAACUCCUGCCCUUGGAGCUCAGUUUUUAUUUGUUAAAAUGGCUCGAUCCUCAGACUUUACUCACAUGCUGCCUCGUCUCUAAACAGUGGAAUAAGGUGAUAAGUGCCUGUACAGAGGUGUGGCAGAUUGCGUGUAGAAAUUUGGGCUGGCAGAUAGAUGAUUCUGUUCAGGACGCUUUGCACUGGAAGAAGGUUUAUUUGAAGGCUAUUUUGAGAAUGAAGCAACUGGAGGACCAUGAAGCCUUUGAAACCUCAUCAUUAAUUGGACACAGUGCCAGAGUGUAUGCACUUUAUUACAAAGAUGGACUUCUGUGUACAGGGUCAGAUGACUUGUCUGCAAAACUGUGGGAUGUGAGCACAGGGCAGUGCGUGUAUGGCAUACAGACUCAUACUUGUGCAGCAGUGAAGUUUGAUGAGCAGAAACUUGUGACAGGCUCCUUUGACAACACUGUGGCCUGCUGGGAAUGGAGUUCCGGAGCCAGGACCCAGCACUUUCGGGGGCACACAGGGGCUGUAUUUAGUGUCGACUACAAUGAUGAACUUGAUAUCUUGGUGAGUGGCUCUGCAGACUUCACUGUGAAAGUAUGGGCUUUAUCUGCUGGGACAUGCCUGAACACACUCACCGGGCACACGGAAUGGGUUACCAAGGUAGUUUUGCAGAAGUGCAAAGUUAAGUCUCUCUUGCAUAGCCCUGGAGACUACAUCCUCUUAAGUGCAGACAAAUAUGAGAUCAAGAUUUGGCCAAUUGGGAGAGAAAUCAACUGCAAGUGCUUGAAGACGCUGUCUGUCUCUGAAGAUAGAAGUAUCUGCCUGCAGCCAAGACUUCAUUUUGAUGGCAAAUACAUCGUCUGUAGUUCAGCACUGGGCCUCUACCAAUGGGACUUUGCCAGUUAUGAUAUUCUCAGAGUUAUCAAGACUCCCGAGAUAGCAAACUUGGCCUUGCUUGGUUUUGGAGAUGUCUUUGCCCUGCUGUUUGACAACCGCUACCUAUAUAUCAUGGACUUGCGGACAGAGAGCCUGAUUAGCCGCUGGCCCCUGCCAGAGUACAGGAAGUCAAAGAGAGGCUCAAGCUUCCUGGCAGGCGAAGCUUCCUGGCUGAAUGGACUGGAUGGGCACAAUGACACGGGCUUGGUCUUUGCCACCAGCAUGCCUGAUCACAGUAUUCACCUGGUGUUGUGGAAGGAGCACGGCUGA